UUUUUCUCCUUAUAGGGAGUAUUUGGUAUUUUUCAAAGCAAGGAUUGGUUUUACUCUGAUUAGUCAUCACCUAAUUUGUGUUACAAAUCUCAGUGCGUCAACAAUGGUUUUGGCAACUUCAUUUUCAAAGUGAUAUGAAUGCUUUGAAGUGAUUGGAGCGAAGGGAGGAUUCUGUAGGCUUUUCUUUCUCACCGUUUUCAUCAAAGCUUCUUUCUUUCUCUCUUUUGCAUUCUUCAGAGUUUCUGGUGCCUUCAUACUGGUCAGGGGAAGAUGUAGUUGAUAGCAGGAGGGAAAUCAAUAAUUAAGCAUGCAGUUUGUUGGAAUUUUUGUUCAAGUGUUGCCACAUCUAAAAUCGGUGUGUCUACAUCUAAAGUCGGGGUUGGGAUAUCUAAAGCUGCUACCAUAUGAACUUUGGCGUUAUGAAAGCAUAGUUAAAGAAUUAGACAGAGGUUUUAAUAAUCUGCAGAGAGAGAGAAAAAGGAUUGGACAUAAAGUAAAAGAGGAAGAAAAUCGAUAUGGGAGAGCUAUUGACGAUGAUGUUAUUAAAUGGUUACAAGAGGCAGAUGAGAUCAUUUCUGAGUAUGACGAUUUCAGGCUAGAUGAAGACAGUCCAUAUGCUGUGUUUUGCGAUGGUUACCUUCCUAAACCAUCGAUAAGGUUUCGUCUAAGCAGAAUAGCAGUUGAUCUUGCAAGAAGAGGUAAUGUACUGCUGCAGAGCGCAAAGCCUGAUUGGUUGGGCCGAUCUUCGACUGAUGCUGAUUUCCAAAGCUUUGCAUCAAGAAAUCAAACCAAGAAGCGUAUUGUGGAUGCAUUGGCAGACUCGAAUGUUGGAGUGAUUGGAGUUUAUGGGUGGAGUGGUGUGGGCAAGACUAGUUUAAUCAAAGAAGUUGCCAAGGAAGUAAAAGGCAAAAUGUUUGAUGUGGUGAUUAUGGUGAACGUAAGUUUUCCUGAAAUACGAAAUAUUCAAGGACAAAUUGCUGACAGGUUGGGGAUGAUCUUGGAAGAGGAAUCUGAGAGUGGAAGAGCAGCCCGCAUACGGGAGAGAUUGAAAAAUCCCAAGGAGAAAACCCUUAUAAUCCUAGAUGAUAUGGAGGUGAAACUUGACUUCGGCAUGCUAGGAAUUCCAUUUGAUAACACUGACGGUAGCCAGAUGAAUAACAAAAAGAAAAACCCUUUGGCCCACCACAAAUAUGCAAUGAAAACAGAAGAAUUUGAAGCUUCCAGUUUGAUGAAGAUAGAAGAACCUAUUGCUAGAUACACAGGAUGCAAAAUUUUGAUGAUUUCCGACAGUGAACAACUUUUGAUCAGUCAGAUGGGUGGGAAAGGAAUUCAAACUUUUUCUGUGGAAGCAUUAACAGAUAAGGAAGCAAAGAAGAUGUUUAUGACCAUGGCUGAAAUAAUACCAUUAAUGGAAAAGAAAGCAGAGACGAUGUUUAAGACCAUGGCUGAAAUAAUAGCAUUAAGAGAAAUGGAAGCAGAGACGAUGUCUAAGAUCAUGACUGAGAUGAUAGGUGAUGAAAAUUCCAAGUUUGAAAAAUUGGCAGCUCAAAUUGCCAAGAGGUGUAAAGGGUUGCCCAUGACAAUUGUUACAACUGCAAAGGCAUUAAAAAAUAAGAGCCUGGUGGUAUGGGAGAAAGCAUAUCUAGACCUUGGAAAGCAAAACUUAACAGCAAUGCCAGAGUUUUCUACAAAGUUGAGUUAUGAUCUUCUAGAAAAUGAGGAGCUCAAGCACACUUUCUUAAUUUGUGCACGUAUGGGUCGCGAUGCAUUAAUUACUGACUUGGUGAGAUACUGCAUUGGUUUGGGUUUCCUUCAAGGAAUUUACACUGUAAGGGAAGCUAGAGAUAGAGUAUAUGCAUUGGUUGGAAAGUUGAAAGAAUUAAGUUUGUUGUCUGAUAGUUUUUCAAUUGAUCAUUUCACCAUGCAUGAUAUUAUACGUGAUGUGGCUUUGUCAAUAGCAUCCCAGGAAAUGCAUGCAUUUGCACUGACAAAGGGAAGACUAGAUGAAUGGCCCAAAAAGCGUGAAAGGUACACUGCAAUUUCCUUACAGCAUUGUGAUGUGACUGACAUUAUGAAGAAGUUUCCUGAAAGCAUAGACUGUUGUAGACUUAGAAUCUUCCAUCUUGACAACAUGAAUCCACGUCUGGAAAUACCGGACAACUUUUUUAAUGGAAUGAAAGAACUCCGGGUGUUGAUAUUGAUUGGCAUUCAUCUAUUAUCCUUACCUUCGUCAAUUAAAUGCUUAAAAGAACUCAGAAUGUUUUGUUUGGAGCGAUGCAAACUAGCUGAGAAUUUAUCUAUUAUAGGAGAGUUGGAGGAAUUAAGAGUUCUUAGUUUAUCAGGAUCUGAUAUUGAAUGUUUGCCUAUUGAAUUGAGGAAGUUAGCUAAGCUACAAAUUUUUGACAUAAGUAAUUGUUUUGAACUUAAAAAGAUUCCUGCUGAUGUAUUGUCAAGUUUAACUAGUUUGGAAGAGUUGUAUGUGGGGAAAAGCCCGAUUCAGUGGAAGGAUGAAGAAGGACAAGGAAACCAAAAUGGAGAUGUCAGUCUUUCUGAACUGAGGCAAUUGAAUCAGUUAACGGCACUAGACAUACAGAUCCCAAAAAUGACCCAUUUUCAUAAGAACUUGUUCUUUGACCAGUUGAAUAGUUACAAGAUCAUCAUUAGAGAUUUCAAUGCAUAUCCAGCGUGGGAUUUCAAGAUGUUAGAGAUGUGUGAAGCAUCAAGAUAUUUGGCACUUCAGUUAGAAAACGGCUUUGACAUUCGUAAUCGAAUGGAGAUCAAAUUACUAUUCAAAAGAGUUGAAAGUUUGUUGUUGGGACAACUAAAUGAUGUCAAAGAUAUUUUCAAUGAACUGAAUUAUGAAGGAUUUCCCUAUCUGAAAUAUUUGUCCAUUCUAAGUAACUCAAAAGUUAAGUCCAUCAUCAAUUCAGAGAACCCAACAUAUCCUGAGAAAGCAUUUCCCAAAUUAGAGUCAUUGUUUCUCUAUGAUGUCAGCAACAUGGAACAUAUAUGCCACGGUCAACUUACAAAUGAUUCGUUCCGCAAACUAAAAAUCAUCAGGCUCAAGAUCUGUGGUCAAUUAAAGAAUGUCUUCUUCUCUUCUAUGCUCAAACAUCUUUCUGCCCUUGAAACAAUUGAAGUUUCUGAGUGUAACUCUUUGAAGGACAUUGUUACCUUGGAAAGCAAUAAAGAUCAUAUUAAGUUUCCUGAAUUGCGCUCUUUGACGCUACAAUCUUUGUCUGAAUUUGUUGGAUUCUACACCCUUGAUGCAUCAAUGCAACAACAAGUGCCUAACUGGAAGCCGGGUGAUCAACUCUUUGAUGAAGAGGUUGUAGUUUUCAAAUUAGAGAGGAUGGAGCUGUCUUCGAUCAAAAUCCGAAAAAUAUGGAAUGACCAUCCUUUAACAAGACUUUACUUUCAAAAUUUGAUACACUUGGAUGUCAAUGAUUGUUGGAAUUUGCGAUACCUACUGUCACUUUCGAUGUCCAAAGGUCUGAUGAAUCUUCAAAGCCUUUUCGUAAGUGAAUGUGGGAUGAUGGAGAGCAUAUUUAUGGAAACCGAAGGUAGUGUGAUUGAAAUUGAGGGCGGAAGCAUCUUUCCAAAUUUGAAGAAUAUCAACUUGACAAGCAUGAAGAGAUUAACACAGAUAUGGCCUCCCAAAAUUCCUUUGCAUUCCUUUGGCAAACUGCAUGAAUUGAUCAUUGACAGGUGUAAUAAACUUGAAAAUGUUUUUCCUUCUUAUAUGGUCGGAAGUUUUCUUAGUCUAUGCGACUUGAAGGUUACUAAUUGCAAGUCAAUGGAAAAGAUAUUUGACCUCAAAAGUGUUGGAAAACGUCGUGCUUGGAAUAUGAUCACCAGUUUGCAAAAUGUUCAUGUAAAAGCACUGCCAAAAUUGGAGCAUGUAUGGAAUGAAGACCCAGGAGGGAUUCUUAGAUUCACAUAUUUGAAAAAGAUAUGGGUUCAAGAAUGUCUCAAAUUAAAACAUAUAUUUCCAGUUUCUAUAGCCAUGAAUCUUAAAAAUCUUGAAUACCUUGAAGUCUGGAAUUGUGCUCAGUUGAAGGAAAUUGUUUUCAGAGGGGAAACAAUCAAAGAGAGUAGCGUUCUGUUUGAGUUUCCAAAACUAACCACAGCCAGAUUCUCGAAACUGCCAAACCUUGAGAGUUUCUUUGGGGGAGCACAUGAAUUACGUUGUUCAACACUGUAUAACUUAUCCGUGGAACAUUGUCACAAGCUCUGGCUUUUCAGAACAGAAAUUGCAAAUCCAGAAGAAAAGUCAGUCUUUUUGCCUGAAGAGGUAAUUCGCAACAUGAAGUCCAUGCAAAUAGAGCCACGUGAUGCAAAUUCCUUAAAGAGAUAUAGAAUGCACAAAUUAGAAGAGUGUCAAUUAUCUGGAAUAAGGGAUACUGAGAUUCUAUAUUUUUUACUCCAUAGAAAUCCUAAUCUGAAAAGCCUGUUGUUGAGUAAUUGUUUCUUUGAGCAGUUAGUGACUUCGAGAAGCCUUGUUAAUGACAAUUUGGGGGUUGUUCCAAUGCUUAAAAGCUUGAAAUUAAUGAACUUAGCUUCACUUAAGACGAUAGGUUUUGAAGAAUACACAGUGCUAUUUCGAAUGUUAGAAUGCUUGAUUUUAAAGCACUGUCCAUGUCUGAAUAGCAUAGCGUCUUCCUCAGUAUCUUUCACUUACUUGACAAAUCUGGAAGUGAGUAAUUGUAAUAAAUUAAGCUAUUUAUUGACACCACCAACUGCAAAAAGCUUGGUUCAGCUCACCACCAUGAAGGUAAUUCAAUGUGAAUCGAUGAAGACCAUUGUGUUUGAGUCAGAGCAAGAAAAGACAGAACUUAAUAUUAUUUUCAGACAAUUGAAGGAAAUAGAGCUCGAGGCUCUGCAUGAACUCAAAUGUUUCUGUGGAUCCUAUUGUUGUGCCAUUGAGUUUCCGUCCUUGGAAAAAGUUGUUGUGAGUGCAUGUAGCAAGAUGGAAGGGUUCACAUUCUCUGAACAAGUCAACAAGACACCAAAUUUACGACAAAUAUGUGUUAGACGUGGAAAGGAGGAAGAAAGAUUAUAUUGGGUACGUGAUUUAAAUGCUACGAUACGAUCUUUGUACAAGAUUCGGGCUCUUGAUCCAGACAUGGCAGCUUCCAAUCCUUACAUGGCACUAAAGAUCCAUCAAUUGAAGACUUUGAAGCUGGUGAAUUGUAUUGAAUCUAAUGCUAUUCCAACUGUUGUUUUUUCAAGUUUAAAGAACUUGGAAGAAUUAGAAGUAAGCAGCACGAAUGUAGAGGUAAUAUUUGGUAUAAUGGAGGCAGAUAUGAAGGGAUAUACCUUACGGUUGAAGAAAAUGACUUUGGAUAAUCUGCCAAAUUUGAUACAAGUAUGGGAUAAGGAUCGCGAAGGAAUUCUCAGCUUUCAAAAUCUGCAGGAAGUGCUUGUUGCUAAUUGUGAAAAACUGAAAACUGUGUUUCCUACAGAGCUGGCUAAAAGAAUUGUGAAGCUCGAGAAACUUGAAAUAAGGCACUGUGAAGUGCUUCAAGAAAUUGUUGAAGAGGCGAAUGCAAUUACAGAAGAACCAACAGAAUUUUCAUUUCCUCAUUUAACCUCACUGAAUCUGCAUAUGUUGCCACAACUCAGUUGCUUUUAUCCUGGAAGAUUUACGCUGGAAUGCCCAGCCUUAAAUCAUUUAGAGGUGUUGUCUUGUGAUAACUUGGAGAAAUUUCAAAACCAACAAGAGGCACAAUGUUCUACUUCAGUUACUAAGCUACCCCUUUUCUCCGAAGGAAAGACUAUUUUCAUUCUGGAGUCAUUGAAGCUCUAUUGGGAAAUUGCAAGGAUGCUAUGCAACAAAAAAUUUCUGAAGGACAUGCUUCAUAAAUUAGUUGAACUUGAGCUGGAUUUUAAUGAUGUCAGAGAGGUACCAAAUUUCGUGGUUGAGUUUGCUGCAUUACUUGAGAGGACAUCAAAUUUAGAGUAUCUUCAAAUAAGCCGAUGCAGAGUUCUUGAGGAGUUAUUCCCCUCUCAACCUGAACAAGGUGACACCAAAACGCUUGGACACUUGACAACCUCAUCCCUUGUCCGUCUGCAGAAAUUAUGUGUUUCCUCGUGUGGUCAUUUGACAACUUUGGUACAUUUACCAAUGUCAUUCUCCAAUCUAAAACAUUUGUCUGUAAAAGAUUGCCAUGGAUUGAAGUGCUUAUUUACAUCCACAACUGCAAAAAAGUUAGUACACCUUGAAGAGAUGUACAUAAUGCGAUGCAAAUCCGUGGAAGAAAUAUUGGCAAAAGAAUUAGAAGACACUACUACUUCAGAGGCGAUACAAUUUGAGCGACUCAACACGAUAAUUCUAGAUUCUUUAUCAAGCCUGUCAUGUUUCUAUUCAGGCAAUGAAAUUCUGUUAUUAUCAUCUCUGAUAAAAGUGCUCAUAUGGGAAUGCCCCAACAUGAAGAUUUUCUCCCAAGGAGACAUAGAAGCGGAAUCAUUUAUGGGAAUUCAAGUCUCGUUGGAUCCAAAUGAAGAUUUGUUCUUCCACCAAGAUCUUAACAACACUGUGAAGCGGAGGUUCCAACAAAAUGAGUUGUUUGAAGCCUUGGACAACGAGAGUAUUUCUGAUAAUCUUGAGCUAAAAGUGGACUGGCAUGGUAAAGUUGGUCUGGAAAACAAAUGGUUGGACAAUUUGAUGACUUUGAAGCCGGACAAUUGUACUCUACCAAAUGCAAUUCCAUCUGCUACUCUUCCUCAUUCAGAGACAACAGAAGAAUUUGAAGUGCAGAAUAGCAUCAAAGUCAAGGAAGAAGGCACAGCAGCAAAUGUAACACAAAAGUUUGUGUUUCCUCGUUUAGAGAAUUGGAAUAUCCAUGACUUGCCACAGCAGUUAUUUCCAAGUGCACAUCUCAUGAAUAAGGAUGAAGGUACCAGUACUUCAAUUAAUAGUCAUCCUCUUAUCUUAAGUCUAAAGGUUAUUUCUAACCCGAAGGAAUUGAGACUAGAUUGGAAACACAAUCCAGCGUUAUUAUUCGAGAAGCUCCAUGAGUUAGAUGUUUUCAAUUUUCCUCAUUUGACAAACUUAGUAUAUUCAACUUCUAGAUUGUCUUUCUCUCGUCUGAAAAAGGUGUCUACAUUCAACUGUCCCCACAUGCAACAUUUAUUUACAUAUUCAGAAGCCAAAAAGUUAAUGAACAUUGAGGAGAUUACCAACAAGGAAUGUGAAUCAGUGACAGAAAUAAUUGCUAAAGAUGGAGACGAAAAUGAACACAAAGGAGAAGGGAGUUCCACUUUGAAUUCCCCAUCCUUGAAAGAAGUGGGGUUCACCAAAUGCUACAGCACGAAACUUUUCCAUCUUGGUGACAAAGUGCGAACAAUAUUGAAGGUGACAAUAGAUGGAGUCGAUUGGGAAGGUGAUAUAAAUUCUGCGCCCAUGCAACAGUUUGAGGAGGAGGCAGCCUGAGUUAGUUUAAUUUGGUGACAAUUCCCCUCGACUUGUAUGAAAUUGUUGUCUGGUGAGAGAAGCUUAUUGUUGUUGCGUUCGCUCAUGGUACCCUUGAAAACUAGUUUUCUUCUUCUUACACAGCAACAGAGCAGAAGACAUGGAAUGCUAGCAAGUUGGGGGAAUCAGUGGACUCGAAGAAGGCAAUGACAGCAUUCAUGACAAUAACUAUCGACAAAUCGAGGGAUUUUCUUCUGUUAAAGUGUGGUGUUCAUGAAUAAAGUUUCCGUAUGAACCUAUAGGAAACGCUAAUGGUUCGUAUUGUAUAUAAGGGUGUUUUAUGAAUAAAGUGGUCCUGUAUUUAUACAGGAGUAGAGGUGUGUGUUGCUUUCAAACUUUAAGAACAGUAUUUCAUAUAUUUGACCUAUAUUGUUCCAAGAGGUUGCGUUGCUUUAAAUUAAGUUGUUCAAGGGUUUUCUAUGAAUAAAUUUGACAUGAGUGUAUUUCUAGAGAA